AUGCACACUCAUACAGAUGCUUACACACUAGUGCACAUGCUUACACACCCAUGCACACUCAUACACAUGCUUACACACUCAUGCACAUGCUUACACACUCAUGCACACUCAUACACAUGCUUACACACUAGUGCACAUGCUUACACACCCAUGCACACUCGUACACAUGCUUACACACUAGUGCACAUGCUUACACACCCAUGCACAUGCUUACACACCCAUGCACAUGCUUACACACCCAUGCACACUCAUGCACACUCGUACACAUGCAUACAUACUCAUACAUAA